GAGAGUGAUACUUUGGCUGUGAUUUUUAGAAGCCAUGUCGGGCCGCGGCAAGCAGGGCGGGAAGGCGCGCGCCAAGGCCAAGUCGCGCUCGUCGCGGGCCGGGCUGCAGUUCCCCGUGGGCCGCGUGCACCGGCUGCUGCGCAAGGGCAACUACGCGGAGCGGGUGGGCGCCGGCGCCCCGGUGUACCUGGCGGCCGUGCUGGAGUACCUGACGGCCGAGAUCCUGGAGCUGGCGGGCAACGCGGCCCGCGACAACAAGAAGACGCGCAUCAUCCCGCGCCACCUGCAGCUGGCCAUCCGCAACGACGAGGAGCUCAACAAGCUGCUGGGCAAGGUCACCAUCGCGCAGGGCGGGGUGCUGCCCAACAUCCAGGCUGUGCUGCUGCCCAAGAAGACCGACAGCCACAAGGCCAAGGCCAAGUGAAAGCUGAGGAGUGAUCCCAUCUCCAAGGAACCCAAA